ACACACACACAUCUGUGGUGUGAUUAGAUCACUCCAAUAACAGAAAACUAAAGCAUGGCUAAUCAAAAAAUUCUCUCACUUUUCCUGGCUCUCAUAAUCACUCUCUACGAAGCUUCUCACGUUGCAGCUUCACCGUCUCUUCCUCAGCCGCGCCGCCGCGGCGUCAAAGCCGCAUACUGGCCGUCGUGGCAGGCAGCGUCUCUCCCACCCUCAGCCAUCCCAACCGCAUACUUCACACACGUAUUCUACGCCUUCGUCCUCAUCGACGCCAACACUUUCCAAAUCUUAAUCAAUCAGAACGACGAUCAAUGGAUGCAGAGCUUCACCUCCACCCUCCACGCGUCCACCCCGAGGGCCGAGGCCGUGCUCUCCAUAGGCGGAGCAGGGGCGGACCCCGCCACCUUCUCCGCCAUGGCGAGCACCUCCGCCGGCCGCGCCACCUUCAUCCAGUCCGCCGUGAGCGCGGCACGGCGGCACGGCUUCGACGGCCUCGACCUCGACUGGGAAUUCCCCGGCAACGUCCAAGACAUGUCGAAUCUAGCACUUCUCCUCAAAGAAUGGCGUUCCGUUGUAAACGGAGAAGCCGCCGCGUCGGGGAAGCCGCGGCUGCUUCUCUCGGCCGCGGUUUACUACUCCCCCGACCUGUCGUACCCCGGGCCGCGCUCGUACCCGGGGCGCGCCGUCGGGAGGUAUCUGGACAUCCUGAGCCCAAUGUGCUUCGACUAUCACGGCGGGUGGGAGCCCAACGCGACGGCGGCGCACGCGCUGCUGUACGACGCGAGGAGCAACGUGAGCACGAGCUACGGCGUGGCGGCGUGGAAGAGGGGCGGCGCGGGGUCGGAGCAGAUAGUGAUGGGGAUGCCGGUUUAUGGGAGGACGUGGGAGCUGAAGGAUCCGAGUCAGCACGGGAUCGGGGCGCCCGCCGUGGGAGUGGGCCCGGGCGGCGGCGUGCUGGUUUAUUCGGCGGUGGUGGAGUUCAAUGCCGGGAAUAAGGCGACGGUGGUUUUCGACAACGCGAGCGUGUCGACGUAUUCGUAUUCUGGGACGGAUUGGGUUGGAUACGAUGAUGCGAUUUCGAUCGCGUACAAGGUUAAGUUUGCUAUGUCGCAGGGGCUUGGAGGGUAUUUCUUUUGGGCGCUUGGUGAUGACAGCAACUGGACUCUUGCUAAAACAGCUUCCAUGACAUGGGACAGUGGGAAUUGAUGAUCCUAAUUCAUAUAUCUGUAUUUUGGAGUUGUACUCUUUUCAUACUUUGCUUUCUACACCUUGCAUGUAAUAUAUCGCUCAAUUUCAUGAUUUUCAUCAUACUUAAAUAAUGAUUUUUUGUUUAAAGAU